UUAUUAGUUUAUGUAAGUUAUUGUGUGAAAUGUUAUUUCUUAUUGGCCUGUUUAGUGCUCAAUACAACAACAUAUGUACGCACAUAUAUAUUAAAUAUGUGAAGAUAAUAGAUAGGACGGUUAAUGAAUUAUUUAAAGAUUUGACCAAUAAUUACCUUUUGACUAAUUAAAAUCAGGCUCUUUUUGCCCUCAACGUGUUUUUUUUUUCUUCCAAAGUUUAUGAGUAAUCCAGGACUUUUAUUUUUAGCUCUUUGCAUGAAAAACCACUGAGUACUCAAAAAAUAAAUGCACAGCUUUGCUAUUUGUUUAUCUAUUCAUGGAGCAAAGCAGUAAAAGACCAUAAAUUUGUGUAAUGACCGCUGAAGGCUGCUGUGUAAACAGCGACUUGUGCGCACUCCAUCUCCUCGCUGCAAACAGGCGGCAGCAGACGCACGAUCGGUUUUACACGCGGCUUCAGCAUGAGGCUGGUGCUCCGCAACCCGGGCCUAGAGCUCCGGAUCCCCGACUACGACGACCUGGAGAGGAUGGAGAAAGAGGAUGCGGAGGGGCGGCCCCAGUGGGACAACAAGGCCCAGUACAUUCUGACCUGUGUGGGCUUCUGUAUCGGUCUGGGGAACGUGUGGCGCUUUCCUUACCUGUGUCAGAGUCACGGAGGAGGUGCCUUUCUGAUUCCCUACCUGAUCCUACUGGUGCUGGAAGGAAUGCCUCUCCUACUGAUGGAGUUCGCCAUUGGUCAACGUCUGAGGAAAGGCAGCGUCGGGGUGUGGAGCGCCAUCAGCCCCUAUUUGACUGGAGUUGGUAUCGCCUCCAUGCUGGUGUCUUUCUUGGUUGCGUUGUACUACAACACCCUGAUAGCCUGGAUCCUCUGGUAUCUCCUCAACUCUUUUCAGCAGCCUCUACCAUGGGCUCAGUGUCCACUGAAUGAAAAUGGGACAGAAUUUAUACCGGAAUGCCAGCGGAGCUCCACUGUGGAUUAUUUCUUUUACAGAGAGACUCUGAAUAGUUCUGCCUCCAUAUCUGAGUCUGAGGGAAUCCAGUGGCCAAUGGUGGUUUGUCUGCUGGGAGCAUGGACAAUUGUUGCAAUCUGCUGCGUUAGAGGGAUAAGCACUUCAGGGAAGGCGGUUUACGUCACAGCAAUCCUGCCUUACAUAGUGCUGGCCAUCUUCCUGAUCCGAGGAGCGACUCUGAAAGGUGCUGUGAGCGGGAUAAAAUUCCUCUUCACACCAGAUGCGGAGGAGUUGAUUAAACCAACGACUUGGUUGGAUGCAGGAGCUCAGCUGUUUUACGCCUUUGGUUUGGCAUGGGGAGGCCUCAUCUCCUUCUCAAGCUACAACCCUGUUCACAACAACUGUGUGCAAGAUGCUGUGAUCCUGUCUGUCGUAACUGGACUCACGUCGAUCUAUGCUGCCCUGGUGACCUACUCCAUCAUUGGCUUCAGAGCCACUGAGAAAUACGACACCUGUAUCAGUAAAAACAUUGUGAGGUUAUUAAAUACGUUUGAUCUUCCUGAAGACAACAUCACGUCAAGCAACUACGAUGCAGCCUUAAAUCACCUAAACAGCUCCUAUCCCCAUGUCAUGCUUGGACUGAACCUCCAAAGCUGUGACAUGCAGAAACUCCUCAGUGAGGACGUGUUUCCGGCUCUGACGUCAGUGGAGUAUCCCUCGUGGAUCACCGCAGCGAUCUUCCUCUUGGCAGGAGUCCCCAGCCUGGCUGUGCCUGCAUUCAACGAAGACAUUAAGUUCAUGACUGGACACAAGCCGCCCAUCUUCUGGCAGAUUUCAUGA